AUGCCCAGGUUGAAAUGGGUUGAUGGUCUGCGAGGAACUGCCGCGAUUCUCGUAGCUUAUGGUCAUUAUUUUAAUUACGAUUUUCCCAUGCUCUAUCGCCGCACCUACUGGACAGAACCAUUCGAAGAGAACCAGCGGCUCGCUCAACUUCCUCCGUUCAACCUUCUUUGGUCCUUGGACGCCAUGGUUCCUCUGUUUUAUGUGAUAGCUGGAUACUCACUCGCAAAUGGCUUACUCGAGCUCAGAGAUCAGCGGUCCGAGUCUUUCGUCGAUCGUCUACGGUCCUCAGCCGUUCGCCGCUUCAUCCGUCUAGUCCUGCCGCUGGUAGGGUUGGGCAUCCUUUGCCAACUCAUUUUUUAUACUGGUUGGUUUAUUCAUUCUCUGCCAGAGAAUGCGGCCCCUGGUCUACAGCCAUGGAAAUCUCCAUGGAGUCACCUACGCUACUUUUGUCGAUACGUGGCAGACAACUUGCAACUCUUCCAGAUCCAGUACAACCAUGGACUGAGCCAACAGCUCUGGACAAUACCGCUUGAUCUGCGUAGCUCAUUCUUUGUCUACUUUGUGAUGUUCCUACAGGCUCCAUGGCGACCUUCCGUCAGGUUAUCGAUUCUAAGCCUAAUGCUCAUGCACACUCUCUGGUACGGAGUAUGGGACGCGUUCAGUACGUUGGCCGGUCUCACUCUUGCCGAGAUCAGCUCUUUCCAUAAGCGCACUGGUUGUCAUACCAAGCUUCUCUCUGGGUGGUUCGGUUAUUUCUUGCGAUUUGCCCUGGCUACAUACUUGUGUUCUCUCAAAAGCCAAGUAGGAGAGUAUCCUCUCGAUUACCGCAUCCUUGAAACAAUACAGCCUCCGGCAUGGACGCGCUACAAUUGGUCCACCGCUCGAUUUUCUUGGAAUGCCAUUGGUGCGGUUUCGCUUUUCUCGGUUCUCAUGCAGAGCCCUCGGCUUCAAGAAAUCCUCAGUCUAUGGCCCUUCCAAUACCUAGGGAAACAUUCCUUCUCCAUAUAUCUUGUGCAUACACCCAUAUAUCAGGUCAUUCGCAGCCCUCUACGUGACUGGCUCUGGAGACUCCAGGGGAACAAAGGUUGGGCUGGAUUUGAGGGAGCCUCUCAAAGUUGGAAUUCCUAUAUAACAAGCUGGGUUGGUUCAGGACUCAUGUCAUUCUGUGUGGUAUUUAUUGUGGCUUGGUCAUACUCUCAAUAUGUGAAUCCCCGUGUGGAUCGACUGGCUAGGGAUAUAGACAUGUGGUUGAGCCAUGCCGAUACUGAUGUCAAAGCCGAGAAGAAAAAGUAG